AAAUUAAUACCAUCGUGUCCCAGAACGCUACACGGUUACGCAUGCGUCCAGUUUUGCGUUUAUUACCAGGAAGGAGAAGGGGAUUUAAAGCUGGAAGCAGAACUGGUAACGAGUUGGGAUUUAUUGCGAAGCAGAAAGGGCAUAGUGGGAAUAUUAGAGAAUACAUAUAGGUGGGCUUUGUGGAAACCCGGUGGAGUUGUCACUACAGCCAGGGGCAGGAGAGCGAGAGCGAGAGGAGAGGAGAGGAGGAGGCGAGGCAGGGAAAGUUACACUAGCCCGAAAUAGCUUGAGUAUUUCUAAUCUGCACCGACUAGGCAAGGCAGUUACAGUUAUAAUAUACACAUGCGCUUGGCAUGUCUAGAAAUACACCGAGUCAGCGAUCAGCAUAUUCUCGUCUCCAACUAGAAGGUGCAACUGCCUAGGAAGCUGGUAUCUGACUUGAGUCGCGUAGGGUUUGGUCUGUGGAACAUAUAUUAUUGUUGUCAAAAGCUAUUAACGAUUUUACGUUUUCUAACGAUUUCACGGUUAACUGCGAAAAAUUCAAAAACUGUUAUUAAAUGGAAAAUUAGACAGUAAAAACGCCUAGAAGUUAAGUUUUUAUUAUUAUUAUUAUUAUUAUUAUUAUUAUUAUUAUUAUUAUUUUUUUUUUUUUUUUAAAUAUACUGAGUGUACGAACAAUGACCGUGUAUUACUAUUAGUUUUAAAAAUUGAGUCCAGAAGCAAUCGUAAUACAAGCCUUUAACUAAGUGAUCGUUUGGGAGGUUACCGCAAAGGACAGGCUUAGACCCAGUGAAUUCACUUCCAAAACAAUUCAUGUUGAGACUGUAAGUCUGCUGUGGUACACAUCGAUAAUAUAAAGCAGUUCUAUUCUAAAGGGGUUUUCCCUCCUGGAUAGCUGUAUGGGGAUCUGUUGUAUCUGACAGCAAUGGGAGGUUGUGUCGGGAGAGAGCGUGGGGACACACAGGGGUCGGCUAGGAGCAGCUCAAGGAACCCACGAAAGCGCGGAGGUCGAAACGAACCUCUAAAGAAAGACAAGCCCAAGUGGAAGAGCGAUUACCCGAUGACCGAGGGGCAGCUGCGGAGCAAGCGGGAUGAAUUCUGGGACACUGCUCCAGCAUUUGAGGGGCGCAAAGAGAUCUGGGACGCCCUAAAGGCAGCCGCAAUUGCCAUUGAGUGCAACGACCAAGAGCUGGCGCAGGCAAUUGUUGACGGAGCCAGCAUCACUGUUCCACAUGGCUCCUUGACUGAGUGCUAUGAUGAGCUUGGUAAUCGUUACCAGCUGCCGGUCUACUGCCUUGCUACACCAGUGAACCUGAUCAGCGAGCGCAGUGAUGAGGAAACAACUGAUGCCCCGGAGCCACAGGGCGGCACCAAACGGGAUUUCCAGCUGAAGGUACGACUGUCAACGGGCAAGGACGUGCGCCUCAGUGCCAGCAUGACAGACACCAUCGGCCAGCUGAAGAAACAGCUCCAGGUUCAGGAUGAUAUUGACCCAGCCCAGCAGCGCUGGUUCUUCUCGGGAAAGCUGCUUACUGACAAAACCCGGCUGCAGGAAACCAAAAUCCAAAAAGACUUUGUGAUCCAGGUCAUAGUGAACCAGACAGCUGUCCCCAAAUGAGCCUUGCUCAGGCACCCCAGAAGAUCCCUUUAUAGAGAGAGAGAGAGAGACCCACCCCUUCCUGUAUAACCUUCCUUUCUUUAUUUCCAUUAGAACAUAAAAUAAAUAAAUGCAAUGAUUACUAUUCCCUUAACACAGCCUACAAAGCUUAUCCUUGGGACAUUUUGGAAGGUACUGUUCGCUUUGCUGUGUAAACUCUCAUGGACAACUGAUGUGCUAGUGCAGACCAGUCCAAGACUCUGUUUUUCUGAUUUUAUAGAAAUGCAAGAGUCCACACAAGCACAGACUACUCAGAAAUCUAGACUACAGUGCUGAACUGUAAACAGGAGAUAUAAAAAGGAUGCCAUAGAGUUUAAGAGUACAACAAGAUGAGCAAAGGCAAAGCUGUUUGUUUCAGGAUUUGGGCAUAGCUGCUAAAUAUUCUGGGCACAGAAUCCCUGCUUAAAAAAUGGAGGUGCGGUUGUUAAUCCCAGGACAAGCUGAAAUCAACACAACUGAUACAGACUGGGAUGUUUGCAUUUCCAGCCAUGUGAUUAAGUUUAGUAUUAUUAUUAUUUUUUUUUAAUAAAAUUUAGUAGUCGCCAAUUAGUUUGUUAUUUUCUCCCCAAUUUAGUAGUUAUCAGUUAUUUUGUUUAGCUCAGCUCACCGCUACCACCCCUGCACUGACUCGGGAGGGGCGAAGACGAACACACGCUGUCCUCUGAUGCGUGUGCUGUUAGCCGUCCGCUUUUUUACACACUGCAGACUCACCAUGCAGUCACCUAGAGCUACAGCGUCUGAGGACAACGCAGUCCUGGGCAGCUUACAGGCAAGCCCACAGGCGCUCGGCAAGACCACAGGGGUCGCUGGUGCACGGUGAGCCGAGGACACCCUGGCCGAUCUAACCCUCCCUCCCCCCGGGCAGCUCUUGGCCAAUUGUGCGCCAUGCCCUGGGAGCUCCUGUCCACGGUCGGCAAAGGAAUAGCCUGGACUCGAACCGGCAAAAUCCAGACUAUAGGGCGCAUCCUGCACUCUACGCGAGUGCUUUUACUGGAUGCACCACUCGGGAGCCCAUAAAGUUUAGAAUUUUUAAAAAUAAAUGUUUAAAUGUUUUGCCAUUCAAAAACAAAACAAAACGAAACAAAAAAACAAACAAGCACUCUGUUUGUUUAUCUUUGCUGUGUUGUUGUUGUUGGUGUUUUGUUUUAUAUUUUUACUUAUUUUUUUUAAAAGGCCUUCUCAGUAAGCAGUUUCAGGUUUUGGUAGUGCUGUGUGUGUGUGUGUGUCUUUCUUGCAUUUCUGUGAGCCCUGUAUUAACAGGCCUAUGUUUUGUGUGCAAGGACAGAUUGUGGCUCUGAUCUGUAAUCCAUAUCGACAGCCACUGUCCUUGCUAACCAUAUGGAAGGCGGGAGGACAGUGAUUCAAGCAUGACGCUACACCAGGGAAUGAGACUCGCUGCUAUUGCAGAACCUCUCCAAGCACUUUAAUGGCUACUGUGAGCUCUCCCCCAAUUCUUUGGAAGUCAUGCUGUUUUAACACAGCUGCAGUUGUUUUAUUUUAUUAUUUUGUGUCUAACCUAAGAUCAUAUCUUGCAUGUUUUUUGGGGAAUAUUUCAAUGUCGCCUAAACUGUAAAAAUGCUUUUCAGCAAGUUAAGUGGUGCACCUACUUUCUCCUCUGUCUUCUGUGUUUUAUAUUGGGGUUAAUUGAUUAUACCGAUAGCACAAUACUAAGUGGUAGUGUAGUCUACUAACAAUUAGAACAUUAUCAAGUAGACAGUAGCAUUUGAAGGUAGAAUAAUUACUACAAUUAAACAUGAAAGUUACACUAAUGGGUAGAAUAUAGUGAACUAAUAAAUAACAUAUUACAGAGUGCACGAAAAGAUGACUGUACAUAUUACAAUUACAUAAGGGAAAGUGUUUUGUAGUUUACAGAUCAGUAGCACAAUGUGUAUGUGGUGAUGCAGUAUGUUAUGUGAAGGGCCCCUGUGCUUCAGUGCGGAUGUGAGGGAACAGCAUGAUGCAGUUCUAACAUGUCUAUAGCAGUUUUCAAUAUAUCCAUUUGUCUGUUACAUAUCUGUUUUAAAAGAAUGUACCAAAUAUGCCACAGGUCUUGGUCUGUUUAUCACACCUCCGGUCCUGAAGGGCUUUUAAAUUGCAAUAAACUAAUCAAAUACAUUCUGGUAAUGUGGCGAGGGUGUUAGUCUCUCACAGUUUUACUUGAAUCUGUACUAAGAACAUCCACAUGAGGACAUAUUUCAAUAACAGUCAAUUCCUUAUUUGGCAGAUCUGUGUUUUGUUUUUUUUUGCUUUUCCCAAGAUAUAUCAUGCACCAGGCUUGGGAUAUGUUUGGGCUGGCCUUUGUAAGAGGCAACGUUUCAGAAUUCCUGUUUUAGUGCAAGAAUGUGUGCUAUUUUUUUAUUUUAUUUAAAUGUCAUUAUCAAUACACUUCUGUUGAUUUGAUGGUGUUUUAAAGCCAAGGCGCUCCAGAGGCCCACACAGUGAAUCCAAGCAAGUCUGUAAUACCAUGAACUUUAUUAAUGUUAAGUUCCCAUUUGGCACUGGGCUGUAAAAAUCCUCUCUUGCACCUAGACAACGAGGAGCCAUCCAACUUGCAAGUUCUAUUUUAUAAGAAAAAACUCAAACGGCUUCUACAUUACACAUGCAAACUCUAUAAAUGCCGUUAUGACUUUUAAAUGGGUGUAAAUAUUUAGAAAUCUGUAUAUUUAGUAAUUUAAAAUAUAUACAGUAUAUAUUAUAUAAAUAGUUGAAAUAUAAGCUAGGGUUUCUGAUAAUGUAAUAUCUGUACAAUUUAUUUUACAGGUUAUGUGUACAUUUAUAAGCAGGUUGAUUUUUCUUUUUAAGCUGGCAAAUAAAAUUGAAACUUCUGA